CAACGACCGCCAGGAGAAAAUCGACGCGGCAUGGGACAGGUUCGAUGUCGCCCAGGCCUCGCGAGUGGCCGAAAUCCGCCGGCCAGCAACGAAAGUCGAUGUCAUGAGCGAGGAUGAGUAUCAACGGAUUGCAAGGGCAAGAAACGUGUCUGCGCAGUACUUCUCCCUGUUCUCACGGGAGACAUUAACUCGGGAUGCCGGUUUCCGCGCCGGGAUCACCGCAUUCUUUACCGACAACUAUCCUGACAUGGCCGAUGCUACGGCGAGAGUCGCUGAGAGUCUCGCCAACUCGCUGAUUGUGUAUUCCCAGGCAUCCUCGGACCCCUGCUUCGGCGGUGCAGGACCUGACACCAAAGUACCUGCUUGUUCUCGCUUACAAAGGGUGCCUGGAUACGCCAAUGUCCUUGAAAAUGGGAACACGGCUCUGAUCGAAAUUGCAGUUUUAUACUUGAGCAUCCCUUACGGGUCUAUUGGCAUUGAAACUGAAAUUUUGGGGCCUUUAUCGUCCGCUGACACCCCAUCGGAAUUUCUUCUGAAGUUGAUUGAAAAAGACCUGGAGGCAGGGUCCAAAUAUCCCUCAGAGGCUGAGCAGACCAUCCUCAAGGGUGUCAUUGGCGAUGCGCAUACAAAACAGGCCUUUGCCACCCACGUUAAAGAGCUCUUUCUUAUUUACAACCCUCUUCUCCAAACACUGGGCUCCAUUGUCUCGGCGGCUGUAGUCCACAUUCCCGAGAAUUCUAGCCCAGUCCCCGAAGACCAAUUCGCAAAGGAAUACGAAGAGACAGAAAAAGCCGUGAAGGAGUUUGUUGCGGGCAAUUUCGAGGAAGAGCGAGACCAAGCUAUCCAAGACGGCGUCAUGAGCAUGGAAUGGUCUAUAUCGGGCCAAUUCAUAAUACGGACUGGCUCCUUGGCCUUGAGAAUAACGAGAUACCGCACUCCGUGUAUUGAGCCACGGUGGGAAUACUCAGCGCACCUAACUGCUGGAUUUAUUCCCAUUGCGGAUGAUGCUGGAGGACAUGAUAGAAGUGGUGGACUCGGUCUUGGAGUUGUUUGCGACGCUGGAUUUGGAUAA